AUGGAAUCAGACCCGAUCGUAGCCUCGUACGACGUCUUCCUCACUGACUCCGAUAUUCAACGCUACGUCUUCCAAUACCCAGACCGUGAAGUCGAAACCAAACACGGCACCGGCGGCCCUUACGACGAACGCCACGGGCAAAAACCCGUCGCACUCAAACUCAAACCCAAAACUGGGCUUGUCGAAAUAGACGUUCCGAUUGUGACCUCUGCGGGCGUGUAUGAUGUAAAUAGGGGGCUUAAGUAUGGGGAGGCAAUGAAGCAGUCUAGGGUUUUGAGGGAGGGGGGCUCAUUUGGGUUGGCGGGUGGUUUUAAUUCGCAUUCUUCUACAGCUGGGAACGGGGGAGGAGGAGGUGGUGGUGGUGGGAGAGUAAAGACAGAGGCAGGAGAAGAUGUGGAAAUGAAAGAUGUCAAGGGACAGAAUAACAAGAAUGGGUCGACGAUUUUGAGAACGCAGACAUUGGCGGGAAGGAUGAAGGAGCCUGUUGAUGGGGAGCCGGUUUAUAUGCUUGGUGCCUUCAGAGGGACGAAAUUCUUCCUCUCUCCCGUCUCGGCGCUAGUCCAGCUACGACCUCAAUUACAUCAUAUCGACGCCUCGGACGAAGCGUCGCGGACACGACUGAUGCGCGGUAGAAAAGAUCUCGAGGAAGAUGGCGCGGCGGUACAAGCCGAAGCGCGAGCGGUGGAUGUCAAGGUCAAAUCCUCAGAAGCCGGUGAGGCUGCACCGGCGGGAAACAUCGAACUGUUGAAGAAGAUUCAGGAUGACAAAUGGGAGUCUUACGAGUGGUUUGAUGCUGAGAGUGAGGAAGCAUGGGUUACGUACGAGAAUUACAUGAUUCAUCAAGAACCCGAAGAUCUGCCGCAGCUAGAAUCUGCGGUCGAUGGAGAGACGUAUCUUGAUGUUAUGAGUGCGCCGCGAGUUGACCCUGCGAGGCCGGAGAUGACGGGCUGGGCGAUGAAGCAGAAUAGAAGGAAGCAGAAGGGGUUCAUUGAUGUUGAUGUUGAUAGCUGA